UACAUAACCUUUCUUGUAUAUCAAUUGUUAUCAUAUCGUCGGUUAAGUAAUAAAACCACUGUUCCACCUUGGGUUUGGUUUGGAGUUUUGGAAAUUCUGAUUGAGAGGGGAGAGGAGUGGGCAAAUUGACGUUUCCAUCUUCACGUUUCCUUUCGUGUAUAAUAUAUAUGGGGAGAGAAUAGAGAUGGCUAAAACUCCUCAGAAAUUAUUAAAAAAUCUCUGAAAAUUCCUCUUUCGUCCACGCAAUUCCCUCUCUCUUGGGUUUUGCCCUUUUUCUUUAAUUUCUUUCAUUCUUCUUGUUUCGGUCUCUGAAGGCAGCCCCAACCCCCCUUCCGUUCUCCGUACCAAUUCCUCUGAUUUCCCCCGAUUUGAUUGUCUUUCUGGUCGCAAUUCUCAUCUGGGUUUUUGCCAAUUUCGACUUUCUUUGAUUGUCGCCGCUCAACCCCACCUUUCCUUUUAGGGGUUGCAGUUCAGUUGACUGGGUUCUGGGAUUGGUGAAGUUAUGUUUGUGUGCAGAGGCUUUGAUUGCAUUGGUGUUUCUGGGGAAUUGCAAAGCUGAACCCUAUUUAUUGCAUUGCUUAUGCCCAACUGCGUGUUGCUUUGACCAUUCAAGCUGUUUGGGGAAUGGACUGGCUGCUUUUGCCUACUGUUGUUGUUUGUGAAUGAUGUUCAGAGGGCAAAAGGGUGCUAAUGCACUUAGCAUAUUUAAAUGGAAGUGGCACGGUGAAUCAUCUUUGACCACAGGAUUGCUAAACGAUGUGCCUCCUGAGAUUGAAUUAUCUGACUAUCGAAGGAUACCAAGUCCUGGUAGUGACAGCCCUUCUGGACUUCUUAAUGGUGAGAGCAGGAAUGUGGAACCAAUCACUGAUUUAGACCUGUUCUUUGAAAGGCUUUACAACUAUUAUUGUGAGAAAGGCCUUUGGUGCAUUAUCAUAAAAUGGAUAGUUGAGCUCCUGAGCCUGGGUUUCACCAUAUGUUUCUCAGCAUUUUUUCUAUUAUUUGUUGAUUGGAAUGGGCUUCGCAAUGCAAAAUGUGGGAUGGAUGCAGUUGAAUCUGGAAUUAAGCCCUGUGAUCUUUCUAAGGAAGCGCUUCAUCAACAUCCAUUAACCCCCUUCACACUUUCAAAAGCUAUUAUUGUUGGAUAUUUGGGCUUAUUUUCUGUCUAUUGGAUCUUCUGUUUUUUGAGAUUUUUUGCACAAUUAAAGGAGACUCUGGGAAUACGUCACUUCUAUUACAACAGCCUCCAUGUCACUGACAAUGAGAUUCAAACGAUUCCAUGGGCAUCAAUUCUUGAAAAGGUUGUUCAGUCACAAAGUUCACAACAACUUUGUGUGGUUAAGGACCUUUCUGCUCAUGAUGUGGUGAUGCGAUUGAUGCGGAAGGAGAAUUACUUAAUUGGAAUGCUCAACAAGGGAGUUCUCGCUUUUCCAAUAUCUCGUUGGGUCCCAGGUGCUGGCCCGACUGUUAAAUUUGGCUCAAAUGGAGUGCAGCAUCAUCUGAUACUGACAAAGACCCUUGAAUGGACCUUGAAUUGGUGCAUACUGCAGAGCAUGUUUGAUAGAAACUUUUGUGUUCGAAGGGACUUUGUUUCUAAUCCUAAAACAUUGAAGAAAAGGCUUAUGGUUGUUGGGAUUGUGAUGCUUCUCCUUUCUCCGUUUCUUGUCAUAUUCAUUCUGGUGUUUCGCUUCUUGAGGCAUGCUGAACAGUUUUAUAAUCAUCCAACCACAGCAUCAUCUCGGAGAUGGUCAAAUUUGUCAAAGUGGAUCUUUAGGGAAUUCAAUGAGGUGGACCAUUUGUUCAAGCAUCGGAUCAACAGCAGUGUAGUACAUGCUUCUGAUUAUCUAAAGCAAUUUCCAUCACCUAUUAUAUCCAUUAUUGCGAAGUUCAUCUCUUUUGUCUUUGGGGGUUUUGCUGCUGUUUUGAUUUUCAUUGCAUUUUUGGAGGAAUCUCUGCUAGAAGGCCAUAUAUUUGGUCGCAACUUGUUUUGGUAUGCUGCUGUUUUUGGAACUAUAACAGCUAUUAGCCGGGCUGCUGUAACAGAUGAGCUUCUGGUCCUUGAUCCAGAAGGGGCAAUGUCUUUGGUGGUCCAACAUUCACACUAUUUGCCAAAAAGAUGGCGUGGAAAAGAGAAUUCUGAGUUGGUCAGAAUGGAAUUUGAAACCUUGUUUCAGUAUACUGGAAUGAUGUUACUGGAGGAGAUUGCAUCAAUUUUUCUUACUCCUUGCUUGCUCUUAUUUGUUGUUCCAAAGCGGGUGGAUGACAUUUUGCAGUUCAUUGAAGAUUUCACAGUUCAUGUUGAAGGUGUUGGUCAUGUUUGCAGUUUUAGCGUCUUUGAUUUCCAAAACCAUGGAAAUAGCAAUUAUGGUUCACCACAUAAUUCAUCUCGAUCUCAGAGGAGUUCUCAGGGUAAAAUGGAGAAAUCAUUCUUGAGCUUUCAAAGCAGUUACCCUUCAUGGGAACCAGAUGCCCAGGGAAAGCAGUUCCUGUCAACACUUAGAACUUUUAGGGAAGAAAAGUUGCAAGGCCAUGGGACUAGACCUGCAUUUUCACCUCCUAGAAUCUGGCGAGGGAGCCCAAAUUUGAGAGGCCAAAUUGACAGAAAUGGUUUAUUCUUGAGAGAAAUGCUGCAGAAUAGUCCUAGAAUUGGAUAUCAGUCAGGUUCUCUCUGGCUGAUCGACGCAGAUCAAAAGAGUCAUCCAUAUCUUCUUGAUUGGUAUUAUACCUCCAGACCUCACGCAGAAAAUGGUAACUCAAAUGAUAUUCCUAGAGUACCUUAUGAAGUGGCUGAAGAACAUCCUAAAGAUUUUUGGAUGCCUUCCAACUUCAAUCAAAGGGAAGUGAGAUAUGAUGGAGAGUUUUGGCACCGCCAAUUUGAUGAUCGGUCACAAAGUCAUCUGGAAGCUUCUACCUCAGGACCUUUCUUCCGGGAAAGUGUAUUGCAGCAUCAUGACUCGGGUCAUGUGUCCCACCCUACCAAGAGCCGUUGGUGGGCUAGAAGUAGCCCACGUGGUGUAGACCCCCAGGCAAGUUUUCUUGAGCCUCCUGAUUUCAACCAGCACACCCCAUACAACCAUCAUGAUAAUUUAUCAGAUAAAAGUCUCGAGGGGCAAGGGCAAGACUUAGACUGGAGGAAGUCUCACAAAUCACUGGACCAUGAACAACACUUGGAAUGGAGGAAGUCUCACAAGUCACCAGACCAUGAACAACAACAAUUGGACUGGAGGGAACCUCACAAGUCACUGGAUCAUGAACAACACUUUGACUGGAGGGACUCUCACAAUUCGCUGGGCCAAGAACAACAAGUAGACUGGAGGAAUUCUCACAAGACAUUGGAUGAAGAUCACCAUGGAGACCAGUAUAGUUCUCACAAGUCACCGGAUGAGGAAUUGUUUGACUGGAGGAACCCCAACAAGCUAUUAUCCCGUACCACUUUCAUGGACUUUGAUGUAGGAGAUUAUACACUUCAUUUUGAUGAUAUUUAUAGAAGGCCCCCUGAUGAUGCAAUGCAUGAGAAUUCAGAACCCUGGAGCUCUUGAUUCAUCCAAUUUCAUUCAAGUCAGUUUCCUUCUAGUCUGUUCCCAGGUUAUUGCAUUCAGAUAUUUAGAAUGUGAAUGGGUUUCCAAGAUUCUGAUCUAUGUUAUCGUUACAGGAAACACUGUAUUCUUUGGUGUACAUAAUUCAUUAUGAGGUUAGAUUUGGAACAGGCCUCAGCUCAAUUUGGAAGGUGGCCAACAGUCCAAAAAGUCACCUUCAGGCAUUCAGUAUCUGUUGACAUUCACUAUGUUUAUUCCAAUUCACAUAGUAUUAAUUUGUUUUUA